CAGUUCAGCAUAUAUCUCCAAAACACUGUGCCUGACUCACUGGGAUAGUUGAGCUCGAGAGAAGAAGAAGAAGAAGAAGAAGAAGAAGAAAAAACAAAAAUGGCAAUAACGCUUAACAGUGGCUUCAAGAUGCCUAUUGUUGGCCUGGGUGUUUGGCGUAUGGAAGGGAAAGCUAUCAGAGAUCUCAUCAUCAACUCCAUCAAGCUUGGCUAUCGCCAUCUUGACUGUGCUGCUGAUUACAGGAAUGAAACAGAAGUUGGGGAAGCACUUUCUGAGGCAUUUCAGACAGGGCUUGUUAAGAGAGAGGAGCUAUUUAUUACCACUAAGCUUUGGAAUUCUGACCAUGGACAUGUCCUUGAGGCCUGUAAGGAUAGCCUAAAGAAGCUUCAGUUAGAUUAUCUGGAUUUAUACCUUGUUCACUUCCCUGUGGCCACUAAGCAUACUGGAGUUGGUACAACUGACAGUGCUGUAGAUGCGGAUGGGGUGCUGGAGAUAGACACAACCAUAUCUUUGGAAACUACCUGGCAUGCCAUGGAAGAACUGGUUUCCAUGGGUCUAGUCCGUAGCAUAGGAAUCAGCAACUACGACAUCUUUCUAACCAGAGAUUGCUUAGCUUACUCCAAAAUUAAGCCUGCUGUGAAUCAGAUUGAAACUCACCCUUACUUUCAACGUGAUUGUCUUGUGAAAUUCUGUCAAAAGCAUGGUAUUUGUGUCACAGCCCACACUCCUCUUGGAGGUGCCACCGCCAACACUGAAUGGUUUGGUUCAAUUUCCUGCCUAGAUGAUCCUGUUCUUCAGGAUCUUGCAAAGAAAUACAACAAAACCGUGGCGCAAAUCGUUCUCCGGUGGGGAAUUCAACGCAACACAAUUGUCAUUCCAAAGACAUCAAAAGUUGAGAGAUUGAAAGAGAAUUUCCAAGUAUUCGACUUCGAGCUUGCCAAAGAGGACAUGGAUCUGAUUAAAACUGUGGACAAGAAACUUAGAACCAAUCAACCUGCCAAGUUUUGGGGCAUAGAUCUGUUUGCAUAAGCAUGCUUAUAAUUCGAUCCAUUCCCAUGUCUUGGCAAGAAGAAUAAAAGGGUAAGAGAGUACAAGAGAUAUAGGCAUCUCAUGGCCUUGUCCAAUAGAUAGGCCAAUCUUGUGAACAUUUCCCAAGGCUUAAAGAUGUGGAACUAUUGUCUUUAAAUGCAAUUUCUCGAAUAUGAUCAUCAA